AUGGAUGGAGAUCAUAGCCAACUCAAAAUCCAGCCCAUAGAGAAACAUCAUUUUCACUCUUUCUCCACUCCAACCCCGCCCCUCGGCCCUACUCAUGGCCACGCCCCUCUGCGCGCUGCUCGGCCCCGCCUCCCGCGCUCGCCUAAGGGAUUGACUGGUCUGGUUCCCGUGGCGUUACCCUGGCGCUUGGUGCUCGGAAGACGAGCCAUGGCUACUUUCCGAUUGGCCCUCAUCCAGCUUCACGUUUCUUCCAUUAAAUCAGAUAACAUUACCCGGGCUUGUAGCCUAAUCCGGGAGGCAGCAAAGCAAGGUGCCAAAGUAGUCUCCCUGCCGGAAUGCUUUAAUUCUCCAUAUGGGACAAACUACUUUCCGGAAUAUGCGGAGAAGAUUCCUGGCGAGUCCACCCAGAAGCUGGCUGAAGUAGCAAAGGAGAGUAGCAUUUAUCUCAUUGGAGGCUCCAUCCCUGAAGAGGAUGCUGGGAAACUGUAUAACACCUGUGCUGUGUUUGGGCCUGAUGGAAGUUUAUUGGUAAAGCACCGAAAGAUCCACCUGUUUGACAUUGAUGUUCCUGGGAAAAUUACGUUUCAAGAAUCUAAAACACUGAGUCCUGGUGAUAGCCUCUCCACGUUUGAUACUCCUUACUGCAGAGUGGGCCUGGGCAUCUGCUAUGAUAUGCGCUUCGCUGAGCUUGCACAAAUCUAUGCACAAAGAGGCUGCCAGCUCUUGGUGUAUCCUGGAGCUUUCAAUCUGACCACUGGACCAGCCCACUGGGAGUUGCUCCAGCGAGCCCGGGCUGUUGAUAAUCAGGUGUACGUGGCUACAGCCUCUCCUGCCCGUGAUGACAAAGCCUCAUAUGUGGUCUGGGGACACAGCACUGUUGUGGAUCCUUGGGGACAGGUAGUAACCAAAGCUGGCACUGAGGAAACGAUCCUGUACUCAGACAUAGACCUGAAGAAGCUGGCUGAAGUUCGUCAGCAAAUCCCCAUUUUAAAACAGAAAAGAGCAGAUCUUUAUGCAGUGGAGACAAAGAAGCUCUGAAGCUAGUUUCUGACAUGUCACAAGCAGGGUGACACUCUGUAAGAUGGUCAGCUUUACUAAAUCUUUUUGGGAAAUGGACCCAGUCUUACACAUGUAAUUCUACCAAUCACAAGCCUUAUCGAAUUAAAACUUUUCUUUACA